AUCUCCGUAUUUCAAAUUUCGAUCACUCCGCCAAGUCCCUCAUUGUUUUCAAAAUCGUUCUCUCUUCUUCGGUGUCUUCCUGGUUGAGCUGUAUUUUCCUUACGUUUUAGAUUUGGUAGAUUCAAAAUUAAAUGCCUCAAGAUCAUAACAUUUCCUCUCUAAAUCCCUAAUAAAUUUCCCCCAAUCAAUCCCUUUGUAUCUGCUUUCUCAAAUGGCAACUUCAGCUUUCAAGCCAAAAACUAGGAGAGCUUCCCUCGCAAGCUCACCCGACGACUCUUCUUACUCAAACCGCUCCUCCUCCUCCGUCCACCGCCAGACCCGGAGUCUCAGCAGAGUCCCCCGACGGCUUCCUGGAUCCGGCGACGAUGAGGCGACUCCGGUUCCGAAGAGCAGGGGAAGGUUCGUUAAUACCGUUAGGGGGGCGGGGUUCCCAGAGAUUAGUCUCGAUGAUCUCGCUAUCGAGCUCUUUGACUCUUCACUCCGAGGACGUUCCGCUUCACGGAUUGAUGACGUCACACCACACAAUGGUAAAGGAGGAGGAGCAGGAGAGAAUGUGAAUCAGAGAAGAGGACGGUCGGUGUCCAGGCAAGAAUUCAGGGGUAGUGUUGUAAAUAACGGUGCUCGAGGAAGGUUAACUUCGGACACCGCUAGCUCCAGGAGGAGAAGAUCGGUCUCUGUUGUUCGGUAUCAAAUUAGCGACUCGGAGAGUGAUCUAGAUCAUUCGCAGAACUCAAGCAACCGUUCUAGUAUGAAGAGUUCUAUUGUUGGAAACAAUCAGAUAUCCUCCGCUAAUAAGACAACAGCUUCAAAUGAUAGACAAGGCCUAAGAAGGUCUCUCAGCCAAAAAGACUUUAAGUAUCAUGAUGGCUACUCUAGUCACUCUUCUGCUAUAACUGAUGAAGGGAAGGAUGCUGCUCUUUCCAAUAAAAAUGGGAUGGAGAGGACAAUAAGAGCGGUUUAUGCGCAGAAAAAGGGGGAGCACCCCAUCGGGGAUGAUGUGAAUGGUGGGUUAUAUGCUGCAAUGCGAAAUGAGCUUAGACAUGCUGUGGAAGAGAUCAAGACACAACUUGAACAAUCAAUGGUUAAAACAAAGAAUCCUGGCAUAAUAAGUGGUAAUAGCUUGCGGCCUGACAACCCUGAUGUAAAUCAGUCUGUUUCUGCAGCUAGAAGGAAGUGUACAACAAAAUUGGAAAAGACUGGACAGUCUGAGAAGCGUAGAAAAGAUUUAUUAGCUAAGAUUCUGUUGGAGGAGCAGCAUGGGAGAGAGCUUUCUGAGCUAAAUACCACUGAUGUUGAGAAACCAUUACGAGCCCGAAAGAGGAGCAAUGACAGAUACAGAAUGUCCCAGCAAUUGACCGAGGAGGCCGGAAAGUACAUCGAUGAUUUCAUUUCUAAUGUUGAAGAUACAGAUAUUUCAUCAUUGGAUGGAGACAGGAGCGAUACUAGUUCAAGUAUAGGGGGAAUGACCAAGUCACCGAUUUUCCAGAAUCCGGCGGCGUUUAAAUCUGUCCCUGUUGAAAUGGAUGGUGUAAAUCUGCCUUGGUUACAGUGGGAGACUACUAACGGUGGUUCUCCUUCACCUUGCAAGAAUAAACACAAUCUUUCCCAGGAAGCUUCGAGUGCGCAAGAUCUAAGCGAUCGGUUGACGACCAGCAGCCGAGGGAGUUGGAGCCCAGAAUUUAGCGACUGUCGACCUUCAAAAGAUGUUGCAGAAUCCGGUGGUGGAAAUUACCAAAGCCAAAUCUCUUUUUCAAAUAAGAGGACGAUGAAGUUGGAUUUGGAUGAUUAUCUAAAGCCCAACUGUGACGAAGCUUUACUCCUCGAAACGUGGAGCCAACGAUAUGGGAUUAAUUCAGGUACUCUUCUGCUAUGUAACCACAUCUUUAGUUAAAGGUCCAGUUUUUUUCUUUUAAUUUUGUAAUUUAGACUACAGUAAUAACUUUUAAUUUAUUAUUUAAUAAGGGUUACUGUUGAAGGUA